GGAUAAAACUUUAUUCGUAAUAUCAGCGAUAGAUUAGAUUUUGGUUUGAAAGUAGGAACUUGAAAGAUCUUUUUCGAUUUUCAUUGGAUUUAGUUUUUUCAUUUCAUGGCGUCGAGUUUUGACCGAUGGGAAAAAGAUCCUUUCUUUAUCGCCGCCGAAGAAGUUCAGGAAUCUGCAGACAGGGUAGAAUCUACGUAUAGGACAUGGAUUCAUGCAACCAAAGAUGCAUCCAGCCCUUGGAACUCUGAUGAACUCCGCAGAGAUCUUCAUACUGCCCUCGGCACUGCUAAAUGGCAGUUAGAUGAAUUUCAACGGGCAGUCAGGUCAAGUUAUAGCAAAAGCUCAAGCGACGAAGCUAGAAAUAGGCACCAAGAUUUCAUUGUUGCCAUUAAUGGCAAGAUUUCAAAAGUGGAGCAUUUGUUACAACUGCAAGAAUCUGUUCCUUUAGGUAGCAACAAGGCAUCUCUGCCUUGGGUAUCGCUGGAUGAAGGAGAGCGAAAUGAGCUUGCUAUGUUUCUUUCAGGGAUGCCACCUACUGGUGGCAAACCCCCUCUUAAAUGUACUAGCAGAGACGUUGAAAAUCCACAGUUAAGUGAUACAGAUUCAUUUAGAGAAGCGGUGGAGGAGAAACCACACGGACAUCGCAGGGUGGCUAGCGCUGAUGCUGAUAUUAGUUCUUGGAAAAUUGCUGUUUUGGAUGAUGUGCAACAAUCCACUACCUCUAAUGAUUCUUCUGCUCAUAUGCAUAAGGUAGCCAGUCUCUCCGGAUUUUUUAGUUCCAUGGAAUCCAUCUCUAAGUUCAAGUGGCCUAAGAACGGGUAUAGGAAGCUGAAAGCAGGGAAUUAUCAUCAAGAAACCGAUGAUGCAAUACUACCUUCAACUGAAUUCAACGUGGCCAUCAAUGCAUGCAAUGAAAGAAGCAAGAGCUACCUUGAUAGUUGUGAUGAAUGUUAUGAUAAGCCACUCCACGGGUGGUAUGGGGCUUUCCAAAGACAGCUUCAAAGAUCUCAGUAUCAAAUGCAAUACAACCGGCCUGUUCAAACAACUGUUUGGAUUGUUAUUAUCCUUUGCUUCACUGCUUUAAUUGCAUUUUAUGCAAUGUAGAAAGGAAGAUGUAGAUACUUCACAUAUCAGAUUUCGGUUGGCGCCAAAUGGGGAUAAACAGCAAAAAAUAUUUCAUAGAAGUUCAUAAAAUAUAUGCUGUUGCUUAAGCAAGCGAGGUUUUUUUUAUGGUUCUCGCUGGCAUAAUUGGUAUCAAUAUAACGUGUAAAGUGCUUUGAGAUAAUUAUUUAGAGCCUUCUUUGAUCCAUUUCCUUACUCUUUUUGUCUGUUUCUUUUUUUUUUUUUGGUUGCAUUUUCAUCUCAUGUUCUCAUGAAUAAUUGUGUUUAUUCUCUGUUCAUAAGUUGUACAUGCCAAAGUGAAUAGACCUACUAAAUGUUGUAAUAUAUUAUGGCUUCUCGAUGUGAGAAUUGUAUCAAAGCUUUAAGAUUUGUACAUACGAAUUGAGGA